GUAAAGCUGUACGGGGCAGAAGCGGCCAGGCAGUGAUCAGAUCUGGUUAGUGCAGGAUCGACGGCCAACAUGUUUGGGUUAAUGGUUAGUCUGAACACCUGUGCGUUUCUGCGGGGCAGCACGAGACCUGCGCUGUCCACAAUCCGCUCCUCUAACAUGUCGUCAGAUUCCCACUGGCUCUCGGCUACAGAACGGGAUCAGCUGGUAUCAGAGCUUAGGGCCACAGGGUGGCUUGAGGUGGAGGAUCGGGAUGCCAUCUUCAAGGAGCUUCACUUUAAAAACUUUAACCAGGCGUUUGGCUUCAUGUCACGGGUGGCUCUGCAGGCAGAAAAGAUGAACCACCACCCGGAGUGGUUUAAUGUUUAUAACAAGAUCCAGAUUACCUUGUCUACUCAUGACUGCGGGGGACUGUCCAAACGGGACAUCAAAAUGGCCAAGUUUAUUGAUAAAAUGACCCUUUCCAUGUAACGUUUUGUUCUCAACCUGAAAGCUUAACGCCGCUUGUUUCCUUCUAAUUUAGAUUUUCAGAUUAAAGCGCUCCCUGCACACGAGUCGUUCCACAUGACCACAACCUGCAUCUGUUUUUGUCUCAGAAAAAUAAGUAAUGAGUUUUGGCAUUUUUAUUUUGACGGCCUGUUUUCUGAAAGACAUCCGUAGGUUUUGUUAGUGGCUGUUUCCAUUGUUAUUGAUUUGUUUUUGAUUGUUUUUGUUUUAUUUUAAAUGAGCUAAUAAACAUUGUAGAGAAAUUGAAAGAGACGAUUAUACCAAUGUUUUUUUCCACAGCUAGUAUCAAAAUGGUUUGUAAGUGCUCUCCUGCACUCUGUCCAGUCCUUUCCAAUGAAGUGGAGGAUACUUUUUCCUUGUCAGUGCUCUCCUGAGCCACAUGUUCUAGUUUUGGCUCUGACUGGAGCUAAAUAGGGAAGGAGGUCAAAGUCGGUAGGAAAGGGAUUUGUUUGAUUUACAAUUUGGUAAGGGAUGAGUCAUACACAGUUGUUCUUGGGUUUUUUUCUGACUAGAUUCCUUCACAUAAAAGAUCAGUAAAUACAAAGGAGUGUGAGAUGUUAAUUAUGAAAUCAGAUGGACUAUGAUAUAAACAGCCUUUAUCUCUGUCUUUUAAACACGCAGACAGGUAACUCUUGACGGCCUUCUUCCCUAAAACCCUUACUAUGCCUUUAAGUGUGUUAUGAACACCCCUACUUGGCUGAUUACAUCACAAAGGGAGGUGAAAAGCUCCUACAUUCACAUUCUCCAUUACAAACCUCCUUUUGCAUUAACAAGCUCCAUCAGAUGUUUCCUGUAGCUGCUCAAGAGACUUGCACAAGGAUGACAGGAAUGUUGGGCCAUCUCUCCCGACAAGUCUUUCAGUUCCUCAGAAUCUAUGGCAUGUCUUGAUAGAACGGGCCUCUGCAGGUCAGACCUCAACAUCUCCUUUGAGUUAUGGUGAGGACUGACAUGGCCUUUCUAAAAGAUGAAUUUUGUCUCUCUUUUUUUUCCCCACAAACGCUUCUAUUGUUGAUUUACUUCUGUUCCUCGGGUCAUCCAAGCUCUCCUAAGUCUCAGGUCAUACUGCCCUAACCCUAACACGCAAAUGUAAAAUUUCUUGAUAGAAUUUUGAAACGAUCUCUCCAUCAAUCAUAGCAAGACGUCAAGGCUAUCACUCAAACAGUCGCCCCGGUCUACGAUGCAGCAUGUCAUGACUUUUAUACAACUUUUUCAUCAAAUUACGGUGUAAACAUUGUCUUUUUUUGUAUAAGACCGAAACAACUUUUAUGGGUGGGUGGUGUUAUACAGAUUUUUUUUUUUCUUAAUUCUUGGUGUCAUUUUACGACGGAGUAUUAGGGCCAAACUAAGACAAAAAAAAAAAGGAAAUUACGAGAAUAAAGUCAUAAAAUUACGAGAAUAAAGUCGUAAUAUUACGACUUUAUUCUCGCAACAAUAUGACUUUAUUCUCCUAAUAUUACGACUAUAUUCACGCA